AUGCCAAGCGAUGAAAUGCCAUUUGGAGGCGGCCUGCCUGAUCUCAAAGACGAGAUUGAUACUGAAGUUGAAGAAGAAGAUACUGAUCUUCCUUCUUUAUCUGAUCACAAGGAGUCACCACAGCCUAAUCCUCUGGAAAUAGGACUCAACGCUGCUGAUCACAAAGUAAAAGUAAAUCCUCCCAUCAAGAUCAAAAUUAAAAUGCCGCUCGUUUCUUUAUCAUUUUAUAAACUGACAGCGCAAAACAAGCGUGAGGCAGCAGCUGAAAAACGCAAGGCGGCUGCAGAAAAACGCAAGGCAGAACAAAUUGAGACCACGGUUAAACCUAAACGUCAGGCUGCGGCUGAAAAACACAAGGCUGCUACAGACAAACGCAAGGCAGCCAAGGCAGCAGCAGCAGAAAUGAAAGCACCUUCGAAAGAGGCUAACACUGGAAAGAAGGCUGGAAAGAAGGCUAACACUGGAUAG